CAGCGUGUGUGAGAGGUUGAAGGAUCACUUCUAUCCCGUCUUGUCUUGGGGAGACUAACCUCGUUCAUCUGAGCAUUGUGGGACUGUUUUAUGUUGUUGUUGUCGAGAGAGACGGACCCUUACUCCAGCAUGCUCACUGAGCCUGAGCUACCUCAGGAGUGUAACAGGAUGUCUUCCAAGCGACCAGCCUCUCCAUAUGGGGGGACAGAUGGAGAGGUAACCAUGGCAACCAGCAGACAGCGAGUGGAGGAUGAGGAGAGCGAGGGACUGGGCGGUGUCAUCCACCUCCCCCUGGCCUCCUACUGCGGCAAGGUGUCCCCUCGCUCGCCCCCCAACCGCAACUUGGACAGCCCCCCCAACAUGGACCAUGACGGCACUAAGGGGAGCUCCCUGAGUCCUUACCCCCAGCACAAUUCUACCUCACCAGGCAAAGAGGAGGGUGGAGGCGGGGGACGGCCCUGUAGCGACGGGGGUUCAGCCACGGGCACCCUGGGGACUCCUGAGAGACGCAAGGGCAGCCUGGCAGAUGUGGUGGACACACUGAAACAGCGCAAGAUGGAGGAGCUGAUCAAGAACGAACCAGAAGAGGCCCCCAGCAUUGAGAGGCUGUUGUCGAAGGACUGGAAGGAUAAACUUUUGGCCAUGGGCUCAGGGCACAUUGGAGAAAUUAAAGGUACCCCAGACAGCCUGGCGGAGAAAGAGCGCCAGCUCAUGGGCAUGAUUGGUCAGUUGAGCAGCCUCAGGGAGCAGCUCCUGGCGGCCCACGAGGAGCAGAAGAAGCUGGCUGCCUCGCAGAUGGAGAAGCAGAGGCAACAGAUGGAGCUGGCCAAGCAGCAGCAGGACCAGAUUGCCCGGCAACAGCAGCAGCUUCUGCAGCAGCAACACAAAAUCAACCUCCUGCAGCAGCAAAUCCAGCAGGUCCAGGGCCAGCUCCCUCCGCUGAUGAUUCCUGUCUUUCCCCCGGACCAGAGGACUCUGGCAGCGGCUGCAGCCCAGCAAGGCUUCCUCAUGCCCCCUGGCUUCAACUAUAAGCCUGGCUGCAGUGACCCCUACCCUCUCCAGCUCAUCCCCACAACGAUGGCUGCUGCCGCUGCUGCCACACCGGGCCUGGGACCCCUGCAGCUCCAGCAGUUGUACGCAGCUCAGCUGGCGGCCAUGCAGGUGUCCCCGGGGGCCAAGCAGCACGGAGGCAGCCUGCCACCCCAAGCCAACCUGGGCACACACUCGCCACCCACCAACACACACUCACAGAGCGACAAGGGCCGCAGCUCCCCGCAACAAAACAAGACCAAGGACAGUGAGGGUGCACAGCCACUGAACCUGUCGGCCAAGCCUAAGGCAUCCGAGAGCAAGUCACCCAACUCCCCCCCAACUUCCCCACAGGUCCCUGCUGCUGCCGCUGCCAAGCUGGGCCCCGCCGGCUCCAUGAAGCACAGCAUCGCCCCCUCCAGCAUUGGAGGACCACCGAGCAGAGUCAGCUCAAUAGACUUGUUGUCGUCGCUGUCCUCGACGGCCUACCUGAACGACCACGAGGCGGUGACCAAGGCCUUCGCCGAGGCCCGGCAGAUGAAGGAGCAGCUGAAGAGAGAGCAGCAGGUCCUGGACGCCAAGGUGGCCGCCGUCAGCAACCUCAGCCUCAACAACGGACGCACAGACAAGGACAAGGCUGCCUUGGAGAGUCUGAGUCAACAGCUGAAGCAGCAGGCGGAGGACAAGUUCAGCCACGCCAUGCUGGACUUCACCAUGAGUGGAGACUCUGACGGCUCCCCGAGCGUGUCAGACUCCAGAAUAUUUCGGGAGUCCCGGGGUCGCGGCAGCACCGAGCCGCACAUCAAGCGGCCAAUGAACGCCUUCAUGGUCUGGGCCAAGGACGAGAGGAGAAAGAUUCUCCAGGCCUUCCCCGACAUGCACAACUCCAACAUCAGCAAGAUCCUCGGCUCACGCUGGAAAGCCAUGACCAACCUGGAGAAGCAGCCCUACUACGAGGAGCAGGCUCGCCUCAGCAAGCAGCACCUGGAAAAAUACCCAGACUACAAAUACAAGCCGCGGCCAAAACGCACCUGCCUGGUGGACGGCAAAAAGCUGCGCAUUGGCGAGUACAAGGCCAUCAUGAGGUCCCGCAGACAGGAAAUGAGGCAAUACUUCAGUGUGGGGCAGCAGGGUCAGCUGCCCUUGUCCUCAGCAGGCGUGGUCUACCCAGGUGCCCUGUCCAUGGCGGGAAUGCCCUCACCCCAGAUGCCCUCAGAGCAUUCGAGCAUGUCCAGCAGCCCCGAGCCCAACGCCAACCACCACCAGAACCCUCACGUGCCCGGCCUGAAGGGAGACGAGCCACGCAUCAAGGAGGAGGAGCUACGGCUGGACGACAGCAACGGCGACGUGUACGACGACUUCGACUACGAGGACGAAGAGGCUGAUUAUGCCAGCGAUAACGAGAAUCAUAUCACCCAAUAGGACGGCGUGAGAGCCUCCUAUUUUUAAGCCAAUCACAGCUGGUUACCCCCCUCCCCUGCCCUCCCCUGAAAAUCCCAAACCCACCAAUCAGGAAGAAAACUUUCUCUUUUGCCAAUCACCUUGAGUCCCACUCUCACGAAACCCGCCACCCCUCACCCUUCCUGACUAACAUGGACUCUUUUAACAGAGCCAAAGCCCCUGGAGUCCUGAUACCAGCAUCUGAUCAAUCAACUGAAGCACAGGACCUGUCACUCACACUGACUGUUACACAAACUGGAGUCUGGGAGGAAGAGACGACCAGAGACGACUCGGAAGCUUGCUGAGGAAUAUUCGAGUACUACUGCAAGAGUUUGAGUAAUGCCACGAGUGAAGAGAAAUAAAAGUCACACGCAGAAAGCAACCUUUUAGACCCGUUUGUAGAAAAGGAGACAUUUGAAAAUGACAGACGGAGCAGUGGACCUGUCAAAGGCUAACAGAUGACACUUUAAGAUGGCGGACCUGUUUAUUAUCAAGAGACACUUUUAAAAAAACAGCUUUUUUGUUCUUUGGUUCUAUAAUAUUCUCACUCAGGUACACGGUGCCAAUAAGUGGCUUGUGAAUGUGAUUUGUUGUUUUUGUGCUACAAGUUUGAAUAAUAAUAGAAAAAAGAGACAUUUCUUUUUUCCCCUUUUGUUGUAAAGCACCUGAAAGACAUCAGACAUGUUUAUUUUUAACAAAAAGAUAUCUUUUCUUCGACCUCGCAGUGUGCUGUCAGCGGUCCCCUCCCCCCUUCCCCUGCCCUUUUUUUCUCUGUAAUUUUUGUGACUGCCUGCUCCCCACCCCCCCCAUUUGGAAUCCAAUGGGACGGUCCAGCCAGGACUGACCAGUGCAGCAUGGACCGUCCCACUUUGACUGGAUUUUCAGGGGGGAGAAGGGGAGUCUCUCUGGCGUCACGGAGCAGAAACGAAAGCACUGUGUUGUGAGACAAUCCACCAGUUUCCUUCUCGCUCCGUCCCCUCUGUCGGGACAGAACUUCACUCAGCUCGAAACAUCCGACGCGUGAGUGUGUGUCGGUGUGUGUUCUGUGUACUCGUUUACUGGGCGUCUUCUUUGCAAAAAUGUCCAGGAUACAGAAAGACAGGCAACUCGAGCUGCUGCUGUUAUUUACUGUACCCCCCGCACACACACACACACACACACACACACACACACACACACACACACACACACUCACACACUCACUCGCACACACAUACACAACUGUUGUUCUGUCCCUCAGUGUUUUCCUGCUCCCUCCAAUCAGCUCGUCCUGCUGUCCCCAGUGGGCAGAGCCGAGGUGAAGUCAGCCAGUCAGUGUUUCUGUUUGUAUUUGAAUACUGUAUUUUAUUAUUUCUCUUCAAACUGCCUCUAGUCUAAUAAUAUUAUUAACAAUAAUUAUAAGGAUGGUCAGCGUUUCCUAAGUUUAGUAAGUUAUGUACAGUAUAAUUUAUUUUUCUCCUCUUUAUCGGGUUUUUAUGACCAUAUGAAACUAUGACAGUCAAUGAAACAUUAUUCUAUUUAGCUGGUAUUAGGUAUUUAGAUCUAAACAAAAAGUUGUCAUUUUACCUUUCUUUGUUUCACAUUCUUU